AGUUGAAAGUUGAAUUUGUGUCUCACGUGGUGCAAGAUGGCUGCCCCCGUAGAGAUAGGCGAAUGAUCACUGAUGAUUUUAUAUUGAACUCCAGAUUACAGAAGCGGCGAAUAAAAGAAUGCGAUAAGUGCAGUGCUGCGAAAGCAAGAUGUCGGAGAACACAAUCUCUCCACUAAACGAUAUGAUGGAAAACGCACCCUCUAAAACUGCUGUUGUAGAUCUUCUUUUGAAGAGGUUUGAACAACUUCCAGAAACAGACAGGAAAUUCUUUGCAUAUGGUCCGAUCUACCUGGGGAUAAAUGGAGCGUUUUCGGGACUGAUAGCCAACAGUUUUUUCCGGCGAAUAUUGAAUGUCUCUCAAGGCCGAUUCACUUCAAGUUUACCCAUGGCAGUACUUCCGUUUCUGACUACAGUAGCACUUUACCAAGGUGCAAUAGCGAAUCCUCUACUGUCAGGGGACUUGAACUGUUCUGUGUGUGUUCUGGUCAGAGGUGGACUGGUUGGUGCUGUUGCAGGUGGCCUUUAUCCAAUUUUGUUAGCCUUACCAGUAAACGCAGGCCUUGCAGUAAGGUACUCCACUACUCCAAUGCCAGAAAAGGGAAAUGUAUUGCGUUUCUGGAUCACAGUUACACAACCGAUCUUAAGGAAAAUGAGCUUUGUGCUAAUUCUUCAAGCACUUUUCGGCACUUACAUGAGCUCACGGCAUCAUGAUAUCUAUAUAAAAAUGCUUAAGCUGCCUGCUUCAGAUAGAGAGGAAAUGGAGUAAGAAAACCAUCUAAAAAGUAAACGGAAUACUGCUGCCAGAAUCAUUUUGGUAUGGUCAGUGUUCCCUUAAUCAAAUCUCUCAUUUACCUCUAUACAGAAGCACAAACAUUUUUCAAGUUCUAAAACGCUCAUGUUCAACAAGGUGCAUUUAUUGCAAAAUCAAGUACUAUUAAUUUUAUAAUGUGGCCUACAGAUGUGUAUUGUGAAAUUAAACAUGGUCACAUUAAAACUUCCUUUUGGAAAUCUUUUCCUGGUUUGUGAUGGAAUCAAUGUAUUUGUUUCAAUUUAGGAGUCAAGGCUGAUUAAACAAAAAAAAAAACUAA